AUGCGAUCACAUGAUCAACACUCGAAUGUCAUGUUAAAGCCGCGAAGGAAAAAAUCGUCAAGAGAAAAAUCCGAUCCAUCGUCCACGCGAUCAUCUCGUUGGUCCAAAGUCACGAUAUCCCGUGACAAAAAAUUACAUAGCAAGUCCAAUGAUCCCAAAAAAAACUUAUUUCGAUUUGAUUCCACUGUUAACGAUUCCAACGUAGUUGCCUGCGACAUCGAGCUUUUCUGCGACUCGAGUAAUGAAGAAAGAUCGACUUGUCCGCGUAUCUCCAGCUCGACGCACCUCGAGAAACAAGCUAACGGCGUGUGUUUCACGUGCAAAGAUUGCGCGGAAUGUCAGCUACAGCAGCAGCAGCAGCAAAAUUGCGCAAAAAUACAUAAAACGGAAGAGGAUCAGGACAAAGAAUUGGAACAUUUGGAUUAUUUCAAUACUGAUGUCAGCGGCAAGACGAAUUCCACGGUCGCCUCAAAUGAACAUGAAAAAGUUCCGAUUGUCGUCGAUCUGACUAAUGAGGAUUCGAGGAAAACCACCUGGAAACAGACGAUCCUGAAGCGAUUCGACGACAUCGAAGAGAGCUCGGAAAUGUCGGAACCUCGCAUCAUGAUAGCCGACAGUUCCAGCAAGCUGCAACGCGGCGGUACAGGUGGCAGCCUGGCGACUGCCUUGAGGGAUCGCGGCCCUUGUGUGAUCCCCGUGCAACCUAAUCGCUCCCUGCCGAUUCGACCAGCACCGCCGAUACCAACGAGGUCGGCGGCAUCGCUCGUGACAUCGCGCUCGCCGAUACUCAAACUGUCGAACUCAAAAUCGAACUCGCAGUCGAAUCUCAUCGACGUGGUCGAGAUGCAAUCGGAUAUAUCAUCUUCAAUGUUGAUGGAUGAUCUGAACGACUUUCCUCCUAUUGGGCAGCAGAAUACAAGCGAAAUGACGCUGUCGCUCGAUCGUUCGGACUACAUUUUACCACGUAUUCCGACUAAUGUCAUAGAGACUACAAAAGAGAUCAACAAUGUUAAGAAAAAAAACGGCGAAGAUAGAGAUAGAGAAUACGAGAAAGAACUUACCAAAAACGUAAAGAAACGGAGGAAAUCCCACGAAGUGGACGCUAGUCCUGUAAACGACGAACGAGUUAAGAAUAUUUUGAAAGAAUACUCCAAAAGCUGUUCGAAUAAUUUGAUUGAUCAAGGAGAAAGGAGAUCGCAACAGCACUUGGUGAUAAGACUAUGGGAUGAUAAAAGAUAUUCGUCUUCCGUCAUGGUAUCAACGACGGAAUUAGAGGGGGAAAAGACAAAGGAAAUUUACAAAGUCGUGCCGCCCUUAAGAUUGAAGAAAGUCGUGUGCGAAGCAAGCACUACCAACGAAUAUCGCAAUAUCGAGAUGGAUGCCGGGAAAUCGAGAAACGAAUCCAAUUAUCGCAUCGUCACUGGCGCCACGCCACGUCCGGAAUCGCCAUGCAGGUAUUCCGCCACUUCCUUCUGGAGCAGCGUAGUCUCGGAAAAAGAGCUGGGCGAAUCGUCGAUACGGGACAAGAGUCGACGAUCCUCGCCGAAGAGUGACGAUUACAAGAUUAAGUAUCGUCGCAACCGUUUACGUCAGAAGCUGCGAGAAUUGCGCGGUAAGGCAUUGGAGCUUUCACGAGAGAUGGCUGAGUGCGACAACGCCAAUGACACGAGCCCGCAGCGUAGCACUCGACUGCGUCAGAUGAUGAAUUGUUAUGAGAAGCAAAUCGAGAAUAUUUCGAAGCUGUUAUGCAAACUGUCCGCUUCUAUACCAUCGACAACCGAUGAUGAUGUCGUCGUCGAUCUCGACUAUGAAUUGGACGAGCGUUCGAUUUCAGUCGAGACAAUCGUCGACAGUAGCAUCACGCAGGUAAACGGAGUAUCCAAAAGUAGAAUUUCCCCGUCUCCUUCCCCGGAACCACCAAAACUGUCACCUCGCUCCCCUAUCGACUAUGAGAGAGAUAAAUCACCUGAUACAAUGAGAAAUAGUCCACCAGUGCUGCCCAGAGUUUACAUUGCAAUCCAGCCAACUGCUCUGGAAUGUUUGAAGCAAAAUUUUAAAUCUACCACCGAGAGCUGGCACGCAGGCGACAACUCGUCGAGCUCGACAAUCGAAAAAGAUGUGAAAAUGAAUAAUACGAAUCGAACGAUAAUUCGCGAUAGUGUAACAAGAGCAUCAGCAAUUGUAUCUUCAGUUUCAUCGGAGUUUGAAGAUGCGGAAAGCAGUACGGGAGAGUGGGACAGAGAAGAGGCCUCGCCAAAAUUAAAAAAUUCGGAAAUUAAGGAGAAGAUCGCAGAGGAUACUAAAACAUUUGACGACGUUCACCGACAAGCAAUAUCGCCAAUAUCUUCGGACAAUUUUUUGAUAGCUUCAACGAUGGAUCUCGAGAUAGAUGGAAGCAACAUGAGAGACAUAAAAGAAGGACCGACUACUCAAAUUGGACAUCUCGACGAAGUAAGUCAGAUCUUGGAAACCGCCGCGAGCAAACAGAUUGUUUGCGAAAAACAAGAACCGGAUCAGAGAUCGAACGAGGCUUUAUCGUUAUCGUGUCUACCGAUUGUUGAAGAAACUAGAAAGGUCACAGAAUAUGAAAGCUACAAUUCAGAAGAAAAUAUUAACAGCGAGGAUAAAACGGUGAGUGCGGUUACUGCUGCACAGGAUGCUGCGUCAACGAUAGCAAUCAGACGACCGCAAAUACCGACUGCCAAUGUGACUAAUAUCUUACAACUGCAAUCAAAUUAUUAUGGCUCGUCCGUCGCACGAGACAACGUAGUUUUUACGGGAGUCAUACAGAAUUCAAAGGACGCGCAGAAGGUGAUGACUUCAAGCAUAAAUCAGUCUGUGGCAUUAAAUCCAACAAUGUCCUUGGGAUUCACUCAAUCUGGAUCUACCGUUAGUAGUUCGAAUCAACAAUGUGUUGUCUUACCUAACAGUUGCAAUAGUAAAGUCAUUCAGGAGCCUACUAAUCAACGAAAUGACGGAAACCGCAUUAUGACAGAACAAUUUCCUACAUUGGGCAAUUGGGUAGCGCGAAUGUCAAAAAAGCAGGGUGCCAAAUCAAAGUCUAAAUUACAAUCUGGAAUUACUUUAUCAACUGCGUCGACGGCGGAAACUGCUCGUGUUCCCGGACUAGAGACACAAAAAACCCGUGCAAGUGCACCGAAUAAUACGACACGAAAUAAUAUAGUCAAUGUAGUACCGCAAUGGAAUACGGAAAGAUGGCAGCGUCAACAGCAUCAACAACGUCAGCAACAAUUGUACGCGACGGCAUCGUCGGCAACGUCUGCAAUGAGACCGGGUAUCUGUCCUCCAAUCUCGGUUACCCAAUUCUACCCACCUAAUUAUGCGAUUGAUCCUUACGGCGGUGCAGCUUUUGGUUAUUCAGCAAUAUGUCCUUACGGCGAUUACUCUUAUCACUCACGUCUGCAUCCCACUACAUCGUCGAUAAGCAGUUAUCCGAUAAGUCCGUUGCAGGACUCACAUCCCACUGCGCCGCUUCGUCAGAUGCAGCAUCUGGACAAAUGUUUCCCUGCGGCCAUACAGGACGCGGCAACUCGUCACUAUGCUGCUACGGAUCUUCUCAAGUACCCUGCUUCAUUAUCGGGUGGAUAUCAGCAUGCCGCCGUUGCCGCCGGCUUGGACUAUGAUCAUCGACUACGAACAGCAACAGCCGCCACGCAGAAUGGCACCUCAUCAGCUUGUCUGCCGUCGCUCUUGUUACCGCCCCCCCCGCCGUUGGGGGCCACCGCACAACACGGUACCUUGACGCGUACCGCUCUGGCCGGCUAUCCUACCGCGAACAACAAUCAAUGUGGUAGAAAUAGGAUGAUUCCGGAUGUCGUUGCUGCGGCGGCGGCAGCUGCGGUGGUCGCGGCGGCCUCCUUUGGCCGACAACGUAGUACGGUUCUACCAUCGUACGGUAGAACCGACACGGAUAUGGCGUCUAGCGAUAUCGGUAGCGUUAUGAGUAACGAAUCCUCGCAGUUGCUGACAACGGAUAGGCCGGCCGCGAGUCGCGAGUGUUUGCCGCAAGAAUCAAUGCAAUCCGUUGCUGGCGUCAACAUAGAUUCGCGACUGAAUAAUGGUAGUUACCGUCAACUACAGAAUCUUAUUUUGGAUCGAUUACCUUAUGUGAAGACGGACGAUGUCUCUUAUUCUCAACCGUCUUCGGCUAUUUUCGGCGACAAUGCGCAAGAAUCAACAUCUUCGGUGCUCACAUCGACUUCAUAUAAAUCCGCUCCGGUCUUCACAUCCAACAGUGCGAUAACUGUCAAGGAACCCGCGAGGAAAGAAAACCGUAACUGCGAAACACCACAUCUGGGAAAGGUGAAUCGCACUCUGGAGACUACAAGCAAUUUGGAGUGCUCUAAUUGUGGUUUAACCGGUUCCAUGUUCAAGUGCCUGGGCUGCGAGGCGGUCUUUUACUGCGACGAGAGGUGCCAAACUCGUCACUGGAGUAUUCAUGUGGAAAAGUGCCCCAAGAGAAUGCCUAAGCUGAAAAAACUUGUUUAAGAAUAUUAUAGGAGUAAGAAAGAAUAAUAUUUAUAAUCAAGACAAUUAACUAUAAAAAAUAUGUGAACAGAUGUGUUAUUGUUUCGAUAUUUGCAUAUUUACAUAUUUUUACUAAUAACUUGUGUAUCUCUCUAGUCAGAAUAUUAAAACAAACGCAAGCGUAUUCUAUCUUGCAAAUGUAUCAGAUUUUACACAAAUGUGAUAAAGUGUGCCUGGUUGUAAUACAAACGCUUAUUGUAAUUUUAUGGUGCUUUAUGCACAGCACAGCACAGGUGCUUUAUAUAAUAUUCUGUUUUGUAAAUUGGCCGUACAAAAAAAAUUUAGUACACUAGAUCUUUAUUACAUUAUAUCGUAAACGGCAUACAUAUUGUGCAAUAAGUAGAUAAUGCGAAAAUGAUAUAUGCGCGUCAAUAUAUAAAUAUUAUUAUGUGUUGUAACAAAUGUUACGAACGUGCUACCUCUCAUGUACCUUAUAUAUUUCAUAAUGAUUUAGUUAGAAUCUCCUGGAGGAGAUUCCUGGAAAAUCUUUUACCUUAUAACCACGUUGGCAAUCAUAACAUCCACAGCAAAACAUCAUUUUUUUGCAUUAUACACAAAAAAUUAAUUGGUUUUUAUCAGCUUAUAUUAUUAAGCAUGAGUAAUGAAGAACUAUAAAAAAAUUAAUUUAUUUUGACGUAUAACUUAAGAAAAAGAGUUAUAUAUUUCUUUAACUUUCAUUGUCUCUUUUUCUUUUUUUUUUUUUAAUUAAUGUGGCUGUAAUGAGAAGUCAGAAGAUUUACUAUUAAAAGUCAAUAAUUUAAAAAAUAAUUUAUUAUAGGAAACAUAUGAUGUGCCAUCAAGCAAGAAAAUAAGCUAAUAAAACAAUAUAUAUUUAUUCUUAUUCUUAUAUAUUUUCAAUAAAAUUUAAAAAGAUCUUCAAGGAAUAACGCCUAGCAUAUAUUUGUUUCAAUACUUUGUAAUUGUUUUAAAUAUGUAAAAUCAACCAAGUUUUUAUACUUUAAUAAAAAUUUGUAAAGAAAUUGCGGCAUUUGCUUAUAUGCAAAUAAACGGCUUAUAUGAAAAAUAAAUAAAUGUAUUAUUUCUUACACACACCCACACAGACUCACUAACACACACGCGCGCGCGCGCGCACACACACACACACACACAAAUUCUAAACUUGAUUAUAAAGUAAUGGAUUCAGAGUUUAUGAGUUAAAGGUUCAUAUGCUUGCAGAUUUAUUAUUAGUAAAUUUGAAAAUUAGAAGUUCGAGUAAUCAAUUUUAAGUCGAUUGCAAUAAUUUUUCGUUACUUAGAGAAAAGAAUUUGGGUUAAUUGCUGCCAUGAAUUGGAUAUAAUAAUAACCAAAUGCAUUGAAUUUGCUAUUUUAAAUUUGGCUACAGAUUUAUUAUCAACUACUUUGAAAACUGCUCAGAGAUCAUUUUCAAAUCGAUUCGAGUGAUUUUCAGUUAUUUAGACAAAGGUCAUUGGCUUUAUAGCUGUCAUUUUGAAUUUUAUAAUUCUUUUGCAGAUUCGUAAUCAAUCUCGAAACCUCAUAAUGAUAAUUUUCAAGUUUUCGCAUUUUAAUCAAAAAUAUUGUAAGAUCAUUCGUAACUUUUGUGGAUUUCAGGCGCCAUAUUGUAACUGUCAUAUUUUCAAAGACCACGUUCCAUUCGAAACUGCACAAAUAUAUAAAUAUUUUGAGAUCUCAAACGUUUUUUGCAUUAAGGAAGAAGAGGUGGUCCGUUUGAUGCGAACAUUCCAUAUACAGGGUCCCAAAGCAUCCUAGACAACGUUUGUGAGCCGUUAGAGUAAGCUGAAUAGAAAAGUCCUUCAUAAUUUUUUUUUUAUAACGCUUAAUAAAAGAGUUAUUAUUGAGUAAAAUUUUGUUAAUCGUAUAAAUUUUAUUAAGGAUGUUUUGCAUAUACAAUAGUAACAAAAAACUAUCAAAAUUUAAAAAAAAGAGACAUAUUUCGUACAUUUAUAUAUUGUUUAAAAAAUCAAACAAAUAAAUCUGUUAUGAAAAGAAUUAAAAUAUCACAAAAUAAUUUGGAUUUUGAUGUCUUCGUAAAAGAAAAUAGUUGUAAUUAAUACUUUUUCUAAUUUAUAGCAAAAACUUUUGAUUGUGAAUAUCCCCUGAAAUCAAUUGCAAGAAACAAUAAAAAAACGCGUAAUUUGCAAAAAGAGAGAAAAAACAGAUAAUAUUUUUCUAUAAUUUUUAGUAAAUAAUUUUUAAACAAAUAAGUGGAUCUAAAUAAAAUUUUGCACAAAUAUUUAUUAAAGUUUUCUUAAUAUAUAUGAAAAUUUUUAUUUUAUUGGUAAUAUUUUUUUCUUGUCAAAUUUAUCAAUAAGUGCUACAAUACGCGAUUUUCCAUAAGAAUCAAGUAACUUUAAACUUAAAUAAUUUCCAAACUGUUUAAGAGAAUUGUGCUCAGUUUUUGCAAAGAUAUUCAGAAGAAAGUAGUAGAAUAGUUUAUGAAAUUUUCAUACUUUUGUUAAUAUUUCGAUACAUGAUACAUCCUUAAUUCGCUACAAAUUAAAAUCUUUAUAACUUUUUAUCGCUUCAGUGAAUCGACUUAGGAUUUUUUUAUAAGUUUUUGAACAUAUGUAAAAACAUUUUGUACAAUUUAGGUUAAAUUCCUAAUGUUUCAAAAAUAGAUACGAAACAUCCUUAAUCAGUGCCAACUUUUAGCCGGGCAUACAUCGAUGAGCCACUUGAUAGUGUCCGUGAGCGCUCCGCCAUUACGACAGCGCAUCAUUACCAGGCGCGCGACUGACAUGCAUCCGGUUAAAAGUCAGCACUGAUUGGUAGAUUUUACUUAAUAAUAACUCCUUUAUUAAGCGUCAUAAAAAAAGCCUUUGGUAAAAGCUUUUUCAGUUUAUGCUCUAGAAUGCAGCUGCUCACGAAUGUUAUCUAGGGUGCUUUAAAAUACCCUGUAUACAUACAAGGUACAUUUUCGGGCAUAUGCUAACAGAGGAGUAAAAGGAAAUUUUGAUAUAGUCAUUUUGAUUAUUUAAUAUUUUACGUGAUUUUAAUUGCUAAAGUUGGCGUUACACAAUGUACGUUUUUUGUAUGCUUGUAUGAUAGCUUGUAUAGUGUGCUUGUAUAUGCUGCUUAGUUUGUUGUAUGGAGCGUUGUAUAAAGAUGUCACAUAAAGUAAGUUUACUGAAAUGUUGUAUGAAAACAUCAGACGAAAGAAAACGUCAAAUGUCAAACAUAGCUGGAUAAUAGGUUUGAUAGGUUAAAUGAAACAUUUGUAAAAGAUUCGCGAUUUGAGAGAAAUUAUAUCCGGGAAUUGAUUGUAUAAUAUUAAUAUUCUGACAAACGUCAAAAUUUAUUUGAAACAUCAACAUAUCAACAAUGAAGAUAGUUUUGAAUGAAAUAUUUUCGAUACGCUGAUUGGUGCAUGCAAGUAAAUAAGCACGAAAUAAUGCGGAGCGAACAUAGAAAUCAUACAAGCUAGCCUGCUUUCAAUAUAUCGAGGAGUCUGGCAUGUACAAAUGCAAGCACAGGAGCGUACAAGCUAGUAUACAGCUAAUCAUGCAGAAAAACAUACACCGUGCUGGCAAACAUACAUGCUGGCUUACAAUAGACCACCAAAAGUCAAUUAGAAUCGUGGCACACAAAAAAACUCAAGCAGUAAGACUUAAGAUAUAAGUGAAUUAACCAAUCACGGUCGAAUAAUAAGGCAGCCGAAUGACUCUCGAUUGCACACAUUACAGAUCUGCGGUAUGUCCAACUUUGGAUUGAGUAUUAUGAUCAAAUGACAACAUGACAUAUGUCAAGAGAAUACAUGAGUCAGAAGUUGAUCAUAACAGAAAGUAAAAAGGUUGACAUCACGCAAUAUUUCAAGUCGAUAAAACUCAUAUAAUAUGUAAAAUAGUUACG